GAAAAAUUGAAUCGAAAUGAGUGUAGACCAGUCAAGCAGACCCUCCAAUCCUCGUCCCUUCUUCCCGCCUCCUUCCCUUGUUCUCUCACAUCGGAUCUUUCUCCGGCUGUCAUUCUUAUUCUGAACCCACCGCAGCCGUCGGAUCCGCCUUAGCGGCACCCAUUCAUUCCCCCAUCACAAAGAUCUUUCCUUUUGCCUUUUCAAAAUGAUUACAAUUCCCUACUUGACCGCCCUCUCAACCUAUUUCAGCUAUGCACUCCUCUUUGCCUUUGGCCAGUUCCGGGAUUUCUUUAGAAAGAUCGCAGAUUGGUGGGGGAAGGAUAAUAGUCUUCAGGGCUAUGCACCGAUCUGCUUAGGAUUUGAAGAUUUCUAUAUUCGGCGGUUGUAUAUGCGGAUUCAGGACUGUUUUGGACGACCGAUAGCUAGUGCCCCUGAUGCUUGGUUUGAUGUAGUUGAACGCGUUUCAAAUGACUAUAACAAGACAUUGAAACGAACGGAAAACAUAAACAGGUGUCUCAAUUUGGGAUCAUACAACUAUCUUGGGUUUGCUGCAGCAGAUGAGUAUUGUACUCCUCGGGCCAUUGAAACAUUGAAAAAGUUCUCUCCAAGCACUUGUAGUGCCCGUGUUGAUGGAGGAACUACAACUAUGCAUAACGAUCUGGAGGAAUGUGUGGCAAAUUUUGUUGGCAAGCCGGCAUCUAUAGUGUUCGGCAUGGGUUAUGUUACAAAUUCUGCAAUCCUUCCAGUCUUGAUUGGGAAGGGAGGACUAAUAAUCAGCGAUUCCUUGAACCACAACUCAAUUGUCAAUGGUGCUCGUGGAUCAGGGGCUACAGUAAGGGUCUUUCAGCAUAAUACGCCAUCCCACUUGGAGAAAGUCUUGAGGGAACAGAUUGCAGAUGGACAACCUAGAACACAUAGGCCAUGGAAGAAGAUAAUUGUUGUUGUGGAGGGGAUAUACAGCAUGGAAGGUGAACUAUGCGAACUCCCAGAGAUAGUUUCCAUAUGCAAGAAAUAUAAGGCUUAUGUGUACUUGGAUGAGGCACACAGCAUUGGAGCAGUUGGUAAGACAGGAAAAGGUGUUUGUGAACUUCUAGGCGUGGAUACAGCCGAUGUCGAUGUCAUGAUGGGAACAUUCACGAAGUCUUUUGGAUCUUCUGGCGGCUACAUUGCUGGAUCAAAGGAGCUGAUUCGGUACUUGAAACACAACUGUCCUGCUCAUCUAUAUGCUACAUCUAUCUCACCUCCAGCUGCACAACAGAUUAUUUCGUCCAUAAAGGUUAUUCUGGGGGAGGAUGGUACUAGUAGAGGGGCCCAAAAGCUUGCUCGCAUACGAGAAAACAGCAACUUUUUCAGGUCAGAACUGCAGAAAAUGGGCUUCGAGGUUCUUGGAGAUAACGACUCACCUGUAAUGCCUAUAAUGCUGUAUAAUCCAGCAAAGAUUCCUGCUUUUUCACGGGAGUGCCUUAAACAGAAUGUUGCUGUAGUUACUGUAGCAUUUCCAGCCACACCUUUGUUAUUGGCUCGUGCUCGAAUAUGUAUUUCUGCCUCACAUACACGGGAAGAUCUGACGAAAGGCCUUGAGGUGAUAAGCAAUGUUGCAGAUUUAGUGGGCAUAAAAUAUUUCCCAGCCGAGCCCAAGAAAGAAUUAGAGAAUGGCCGGACCAAAUUGGAGUGAAGUCGUCAGAAAGAAAGAUCACUUUUGUAUCUUGAUGCUUAUAUUUCAUGUUCUUUACAAUCUGUGAUACAUCUCUAGGUGAAAUGUCUCAUCUAUAUAUAUAAAUGCACAGCCGCCUGUUGUUUAGUAAACAUAUAUGGCUCGAGAAAGUUGGGUUGUUAGUUAUUCUUUUUCUUGUUGGCUAGAUGUUGUUAUUGAACAAUGAAUGCUAACAGGACAAACUAUGCUUGUCUAACUUGUGACUACUACAUGAUAUGAUUUGACUCAUACUAAACAAAUCUUUAUAUUAGUUGAA